AUGGCUGUACACAUCGAGAACUUUUUGGCCAAUAAUGACCUAUCGCAACCACAUGUAGUGCGCGGCCUCUACGAUGUGGUAGUUGACUACGAUAGGAGUGUCGGCUCCCGAGCAGAUACAACACUGCGUGGCGGCCGCCCUUACGGAGACCAACGCGUGGUUAAGCGCGUAUCUGUGGUUAAGACUUGGCCACGAAAGUUCAUUGCUAUAGUCCCAUCGGAUUCGGGAGACAUAAGCUCAUUCCACCCGGAGUACGGCUCACACCCGUUCCACCUGAACGUCGAGGACAACAGCACCGGUCUAUCGCACGGUGUGUUUCUGCACAACUCCAAUGCUAUGGACAUUCUGCUACAGCCGGAGCCGGCCAUCACUUGGCGGACCAUUGGAGGCAUUUUAGACAUUCUCGUGGGUAAGCCUGAAAUACCCCCGUUUUGGGGUCUGGGCUAUCAUCAGUGCCGGUGCUGUAGUGAACCGCACACUUUGGCCGCUCAAAUGGUUAUAACUGAGCGCACGAUCGCCGCCGGCAUACCCUUUGGCACCCAAUGGAAUGCCAAAGAAUAUAUGAAACCGACGUUUGAUGACUUCACGGUAGAUAAGGACCGAUGGGGCGGGUUUGGCGAUUGGGUCCGACAUUUGCACGAUAUUGGUACGUACCCACCAUACGAUGAUGGAGUGAGCAUGGAUAUAUUUAUUAAGAACCACACCGAUGGUAUAUUUGUUGGCCACACGUGGCACACGAGGAGCAAAACAGUUUGGCCCGACUUUUCGCACCCAAAAUCUGUUGAUAAUUGGACAAAACAGUUCCGGGAGUUUUACAAACAGGUGCCCAUCGAUGUCUCCUGGAAUGACAUGAACGAGAUCGCCAACGGUAUGAGUUCGUCGAUUAACGGGUGCUCAAAGGGUAACUCACUUGAGUCGCCCCCAUACGUACCAAAACAACUGAGUAAACUACAACACCACACACUCUGUAUGACUGCCAAACAUUAUGCCCGCGUCGAAUAUAAUGUGCAUAAUUUGGUUUUGAAAGAAGUGAGCACAAAGCGGUCAUUUGUUAUAUCCCGGGCCACAUCGCCCAGUCAGGGCAAGUACUCCGGGCACUGGGAUGGAGACAUAGAUACAGACUAUUUAAGCAUGCAGUGGACUAUUCCUUCAAUUAUGAAUAUGAAUAUGUUUGGCAUACCGUUAGUCGGGGGCGAUAUAUGCGGUUUUCUGGGCAAAGCUGAAAACAAUACGUUUCAUCAGGAAUUGUGUGCUAGGUGGUUUGAGAUUGGCGCAUUUUAUUCAUUCUCCAGAAAUGACCGAGAUGCUCUGCCCGGUGAGAUGCCCUGGAUUGUGAACGUGUGGCGCCGGUACGCCAACAAUGACUUCAUGGGCAAUUUCUUUAACAUAUGGUAA